AUGAGGACAGCUAUAAUUUUGCCAGAACAUCAUGCUAAUGACCCUGAACCCGAGCCUGUUAUGCUUGAUGCAAUCCCCACUUUGAAGUUCAACCAAGAGGCCUUCAGUGCCAUUGAAGAUACACAGUGUGUCAUAUGUUUGGCAGAUUACAGAGAAAGAGAAGUGUUACGCAUCAUGCCGAAAUGCGGUCACACAUUUCAUCUUUCUUGCAUUGACAUAUGGCUGAGGAAACAAUCCACUUGCCCGGUAUGCCGUCUGCCAUUGAAAAACUCGUCCGAGGCGAAACAUGUUAGACCUGUUACAUUUACCAUGAGCCAGCCUCUUGAUGAGUCGCACACACCAGAAAGGAAUCAAGAUAGUGAGAGUCGUGUCGAACCGGCCGCUAGCAACUCCUCACAACCACCACCUCCCGGAGAACCAGAAGCAAGGCAAUGAUCUACUCGGGGGAGAAGGGUUCUUCUCAAAAGAAAGUAGUGUACAAUUUCUGCUUCUAUAGAGAAAGGCUUCUAAUUAGAUUGGAUUCAAAUUCUUUGUCUGUACUCUGUAGUAUGGCAUUCAUAUUCACUUGGUGGUUUAAAACAAGGCUUGUCAACAGUGAUUUCUACAGCUUACAUGUAAAUAAAUAUGUUUUUGUUUUGGUGCA